AAAAGUUUUUCCUUUUUUUUCUUUUUACUGUUAGAUUUGAUCAAUUUUGAGGUCUUUAGUCUGUUCCUUAAGGUUUUGAUCACUUUGGUUUUAUCACCAAUGCUGUUCGAUUCUCUUGAAGUUUCUGUUUUUUGUACAGAGAUCUGCUUCUUCUCUUCUACUUGAUCGGAUUUUAGAUUUUGCAUUCUUAGCUUGACUUCGUUUGCUUACUGGUUUUUUGAGCUUCGGAAGUUCAAGACUUUAGUUUCCGACUCUGAAUGUUUGGUCUGUGGAGUUUAAUCUUUGUUUAGAAUGAUUAAUGGUUUUUGGAUUCCCAAAAAGAUUGCAACUUUGAUUGAGAAUAUCUACGGAGUAUCUAUCUUCUGGUGUUUGUUAUUAUUUUGUUCUUAGUUCAAUUUCCUUAUUAUUUUGAUGCAUAAGAAACCUACUGAUUUUGCGACAAUGGCAGUCACAGAUGCUGAAAGUCCUCAUCUUGGGGAAAUUACUUGUGGUACCUUACUUCAGAAGUUGCAGGAAAUCUGGGAUGAAGUUGGUGAGAGUGAUGAGCAACGAGACAAACUGCUUCUUCAGAUAGAGCAAGAGUGUCUUGAUGUUUACAAGAGAAAAGUCGAGCAGGCUGCGAAAUCCCGAGCUGAGCUUCUUCAAACCUUGUCAGAUGCUAAUGCUGAACUUUCCAGCCUCACAACUUCUCUUGGAGAGAAAAGCUUAGUUGGCAUUCCGGAUAAGUCUUCAGGGACGAUUAAAGAGCAACUUGCUGCUAUAGCACCGGCUCUUGAACAACUGUGGCAACAGAAAGAGGAGAGAGUCCGAGAGUUCUCUGAUGUACAAUCACAAAUUCAGAAGAUAUGUGGAGAGAUUGCUGGAGGUUUGAGCAAUGAGGUUCCUAUAGUCGAUGAGUCUGAUUUGUCACUGAAGAAAUUAGACGAUUUCCAGAGCCAACUCCAAGAGCUCCAGAAAGAGAAGAGUGACAGGCUGCACAAGGUGUUAGAUUUUGUGAGUACUGUUCAUGAUCUAUGUGCCGUUCUUGGUUUGGAUUUCUUAAGCACCGUCACCGAAGUUCAUCCGAGCUUAGAUGAAGAAACUGGUGUUCAGUCUAAGAGCAUUAGCAAUGAGACACUUUCAAGGUUGGCUAAAACCGUCUUGACUCUUAAAGAUGAUAAGAAGCAAAGACUUCAAAAGCUUCAAGAGCUGGCUACUCAGCUAAUUGACCUGUGGAAUCUGAUGGAUACUCCUGAUGAGGAAAGGGAGCUUUUUGAUCAUGUUACCUGUAACAUUUCAUCUUCAGUGGAUGAGGUCACUGUGCCAGGUGCUCUUGCACGUGAUUUGAUUGAGCAGGCUGAGGUGGAAGUGCAUAGGCUUGACCAGCUGAAAGCUAGCCGGAUGAAGGAAAUUGCGUUCAAGAAGCAAUCUGAGCUUGAAGAGAUAUAUGCUCGUGCCCAUGUAGAAAUAAACCCGGAAUCUGCUCGUGAGAGAAUCAUGUCGCUGAUUGAUACUGGAAACGUUGAGCCUACUGAAUUAUUGGCAGACAUGGAUAGCCAGAUAGCAAAGGCUAAAGAAGAAGCGUUUAGUAGAAAAGAUAUAUUGGACCGAGUCGAGAAAUGGAUGUCAGCUUGUGAGGAGGAGAGCUGGCUAGAAGACUACAAUCGGGAUCAGAACAGGUACAGUGCAAGCAGAGGCGCACACUUGAAUCUCAAGAGAGCUGAGAAAGCUCGGAUUCUGGUUAGCAAGAUUCCUGCCAUGGUUGACACAUUGGUUGCCAAGACCCGGGCGUGGGAAGAGGAACACAGCAUGUCCUUUGCCUACGAUGGUGUUCCUCUGCUAGCAAUGCUAGACGAGUAUGGUAUGCUUAGGCAAGAACGAGAAGAGGAGAAACGGAGGCUGAGGGAACAAAAGAAGGUUCAAGAACAGCCACACAUAGAGCAAGACUCUGCCUUUAGCACCAGGCCAAGCCCUGCUAGACCGGUCAGUGCUAAGAAAACGGUGGGGCCACGAGCUAACAACGGAGGAGCCAAUGGAACACCAAACCGGCGUUUAUCUUUGAAUGCAAACCAGAAUGGAAGCAGGUCUACUGCAAAAGAAGCAGGGAGAAGGGAGACUCUCAACAGGCCGGCUGCUCCCACAAACUACGUUGCCAUUUCGAAAGAGGAAGCUGCUUCAUCACCGGUUUCUGGUGCUGUAGAUCAUAAAGUUCCUGCUUCACCAUGAUGAUUUGAAAAAAUGAAAAAAGAUCUGUAAUUUUCACUGUUUGAGUUUGUUUUAGGAAGAAAAGGCUCUAUGAAACACCUGAAAGAAGACAAAAGACAUUUGAGAGUAGAAUGGUGUACUAGAAUGUGUAUGUGUGUGUGUUUUGUUAGUGUUGUUUUGAUAGUUGGUACGGUAUCAUCUCGACUCAAAAA